GUAUAUCUGGCAAAAUUAAUGUUGAUUUGGUUUAGUAGCGACUUCGUUGUUGUGGUAUCACCCUUCUAUCGAGUCCUUACGGUAUAUUCUUCUCUCGCGCAGAAAGGGCCAGACUACGAGGCCAACGGCUCUGCGAACACGAUGAGUUCGCGAUUGUGGAGAAAAGGCACAAUUGUGGCAAGAGUACGCAAUCUCCUACGGGCAGGAGUGCUGAAAGAAAAACCAGUUUGGUUGGAUGUCGUGGAAGCAUUUCCUCCACUGGUGGAGCCACAAUAUAAUCGUAAAUCUGAAGCAGGAAAACCACCCCUAAUUGAAUACCCAGAAGAUAAACUGACUGAGAAAUUCUAUGACGUGUACAGAGUUCCAUCUGUAAAUAUUUUUGAGACAGCACCUGAAGAGAUGAAGUCUACACUGUUUGUUAGACGACAGAUGGAAGUGAUGAAGGAUACAGGAGUGACCGAGCAUGAAGCCUUUCAGGUGGCAUCAUCUGACUUUAUGAAAUUUUCUAGGAAAGCAAAGCGACCCCCCUCCCCAUUGUCUCAUGUAAAAGAUGUAAUUCCUGAAAGCAAGGAAGGCAGUGAACAAGAGAAUCAACUCAAUGCGUUGUUAGGUUAUUUCAAGUCUGUAAGAAAUGGAGCUGACAGUAAGCAAGAACAAGUGAACUUACUAAAGAAGACUAUAGUGCAAACAAAUUUGUAAAAAGUUAUCAUCUGCACAGACUGAGCAGAAAAAGGACAGAUUGAGAUGUAUCAAUCAAACAGAAUACAUGUACACAGAUGUACAGUACUAAUAUGUUGAAUGCAAUCGUAAAAUAAUCUCAUCCUAUCCUAACAA